AUGUACGUCAUACUCACGAUCGAACCAGAUAUUAGUCUUAGAAUUGUUGUCAUGGAAGAGACAGUCAGACUUGCAACUGCCAGAAUGAUACCAGCUCCGCCUCCUGUUGAUAUUCCCAAGUCGUACGAGACACUUCUUCUGACUGAUGUCAAGGUAUCGCAUCAUCCGGAGGGUGCCCCGGUAGCAACGCCAGUAGUGGUGGUGACACUGAAUCGACCGGAUAAGAACAAUGCAUUCUCCACACAUCUCAUGGACGCCUUUGAGAAGCUCUAUCCCCUGUUUGACGUACACGAGCGCGUCAAAGUCGUCGUGUUGACCGCGACAGGGAAAAUCUUCUGUGCUGGCGCCGACCUAAAGGAACCGUACAAACCAGCCAAGGAGCGACCGCUCGACUUUCGCGACCCACAUACUAAGCAUGCAGUGGCAGUCGCAUGGCCCUCGCCAUCUACCGAUGCCGCAAACCCACCAUCGCCGCCCUCCAAGGAUCCGCCGUCGGCAUAG